AUGAGAGAUCCGAAAGAAAAUGAGGAUGAGAUAAAAUGCUAUAUGUGCAAAGGAGAAAAAAAAGUUACUCAUGUUUUAGUAAAUAAAAGAAUACUGAAUAACUAAAGAUUAUUUUGUGCCGAUUGUUAUCACAACUAUAAAGGAGGUGAAAAUUCAAAAAGUUAUUCUAAUGUAUUAGAAGAGGUGGAGAAAAAAAACUAGCAAAAAGAAAAUUAAAGAAAAACUAUUGCUGAUUAACAGAUUAAACCCAUUAAAAUAUUAUUAUAGUUACUAAAUUCGAUGAAAGAUGAUCUCAUAGAUAAAAUAGAUAAUUUAGUAUGGUGGGUAAGUUAUUGGAUAAGAACAAUUGAGAAAAUAAAAAAUGAUAAUAAAAAAGGGAAUUUAUAUGAUGAAAUUUAUUCUCUUUUAUUCCCUAAUUAUAGAAAGGAUCAAAUGGAAGUUCUGAUUUAUAAACGUCGAAUCAAAUCUUAAAAUCGUUAGUUUUGCAAUUAAUUAAUACUUGCGAUUCAAAGUUUUGCAAAUGCCUCUAAUGUACAAGAAAUCUACUAAAUCCUAGUAGAUGCUUUAUUUUCAAUUGAACAAAAGAUUGAUACAAAUCCUUCUGAUUUAGGAAAAGCAUUAAAAAAUACAAUGUGCCCUUUACAUUAAGAACCAAUAAAUAGAGUUUAAUAUCAAACUUAGAAAGAUCCAAUAAGUAUAUUAUGUAACCGUUGUGAAAAUAAAUAUGGGGAGUCUUUGGAAACUUUUAGUAAAAAUUGGUCCACAUUUCUGAAGAAUAAGGAAGGAAGAUUGGAAAAAUUAAACUAAUAUUUGAAAGAGAAAAUUAAACAUACAAUUUAGAUUCAAACAGAAAAUUAAGCUAAAAUAAAUGGGUUUUACGACAUAGGAAUUAGUAAUUUAGUUUAAACAGGAGAAAUUGAAUUGUAAAAACAAUGUGAUGAAAUAGAAGAGUUAAAAAAAUUGGAAUUAAAUUUGAAGAUUGAAAUCAUGGCCUCUAGUAUUUUAGAAUAUAAUAAUUAAACUAAUCCACAUAUUGAUUAAAACAAAAAUGAAAAUGAAAAUAUUACUAAUUCUAAUCCCAUAAUUCAAAUAGAUAAAAUUUUGAAAGAGUAAAUUAAAAAAAAUUCACUAUUUUUGAAUCAGAAAUCUAAUACCGACGAUCAGGAUUUUGAUCUGGCUUUAUAUAGACCUAUUUAAUGGAGGCUAUUAUCUUAAUGCGAAAACGAGAGUUGUACUGCAAUCGUGUUUAAUUCUUCUAAAUAACUGAUGGUUACUAAUUAAGGCAACAAAAUAAAUAUAUUUCAAUUAAAAAAUCCAAAUUCGGAAAAUCAACUGAAAACUCUAUCUUGGGAAAGAAAAUUAUAAGUUCGUAAACAGAAUAAUGAGUUAUCUGUAACUUGUAUGAUUCACAGUAAAUAAUACAAUGCUUUUGUUACUGCGGAUGAGAGGCUUGUGAUAUGGAAGUAUUGUGAUAAGGUAGAGGUGUGUCAAUAACAAGAUAUUGAUUAAUAAAAUGGUUAUGUUAAUUGUUUAGUAGUCAAUAAAGAUGAGACUUAAUUAUUUAGUGGAGGACAAGAGAUACAAGUUUAUAAUCUCAAUUUUGAAAGAUAUUUCAUAAAGUAUGAGUAUUCAUUAUCAGAGCAUAAAGGAAAAGUGUUGAGCUUAAGCUUAAAUGACUCUGAAACGUACUUGAUAUCAUAUGGGGAAGAUCAAAAGAUAAUUAUUUGGGUUAAAGUUGAAAGAAAAUGGAAGAUAAAGUCGACCAUUUAAACAGAUCCAUAGGAAUAUAGUAAUACAAUAUCUUUUAUUAAAAAUGAUUUAUUUAUUUUGGUUACAGAUAAUAAAGAAGAUAAUAAAAAUAGAAUUAGAUUCUAUUAAAAAACUGAAAGUGACGAUACAUUUUAGGAUUAAGAAUAGCUAUAAUAAAAGUACAAGUCCCAGGAUGUUAAAUUGAAUCUUGAUUAACCUGGAUUUGCCGUUAUUUAACUAAUCAAUAAAAAUCUUAUAUUUAUAAAGAAUAGAAAUUAUAUCUAUACAAUGAGGCGUCAAUUAGAUGGAUUAUAUGAAACAUCUUAGAAGAUUAUGCAAUUUUCAAGUUCUUCUAUCUAUGGUAACUCACUAUACUUCCCAGAGAAAAACGAAUUAUAUUUGGUUAUUUGGGAUUAAUAAUUAAAAACAUAUCAGAUAAUUUUCUGA